CCCUGGUAUCACGAUUCGGAACUAGCCCUUCUAUCGUGCGCUUUCCAUUGGUCCCCAGCGAUUGUCGCAAGCGGGGAGCAACGGCAUCGUGUUCAAUGCUUUUCCCUCGAAAAGCAGGGAAGUUGGCAACCAGGAGCAAGCACCGCAGUUAGUCAUGUCGUCGUUUCGGCGGGCAAGCUCGUUCGUUGGUUCGUCGAGUCGAGUUACACUGGUUGGCAAACGAGCGGUUCCAUUGUCACCCAUUAUUUGCCAGCAGCAACUUUUCGAGGCUUGCGGCCUCGGUAGGGAGUCCGGUUUGGUAAGGCAUCGCAUCCGCCGAUCCACCAUACGGCCGCCCAUUUACUUCGUCCCUGAGGUAGAGAGACUCAUAUCAUCAUCGCAAAUCACCACCCAGUCUAUCUAUCUCCGAACUAGCGACGACGGUGAUUCAUCGGCCGACGGGGGGUGGCAAUUUUCAGGCAGAAAUAACUUUCUGGAUCGCCACGAUCAAGGACCACGGAUACUUGCGUACGGCCAAAUUUCAGUGUGGGGGGUGGAGGGGGUGGGAAGGGCAGCGUCUGAAAUAAUGGAGAUGGUGCAAAGAGCAUUGAAGGAGAAAGGAGUAGCAGGAGGAGAAGCAGAAGGGGGAAGGGAUGGCAAAGAUACAAGUAACAAUAAUAUUGAUAAUGAUCAUGAUGAUAUUUCAAUGAAAGCGAGGCUGGCUUUCACUCAAUGGAGUUUAGUAUCUGAUGUCUAAAGUGAAAUGUGCCUGAGGGGCACGUGUUAUUGGCGG